UGAGGCCACAAUGUUAAACUUGAUCAUCCAGAUUAACAGGAUGCAGGUCUGGACCCCUAGCUGAUGCUUUUCACUACACAGAACAUCUUUUUUUACUGCAGAAGCUCUGAUUUUCUGGGUUAAUGGUUUUCAAGCUUCAGUGUGCAUCAAGAUCACCUGAGAAGCUUGAUAAGACACAGGUUGCUUCAUUCCAAGAGUUUCUAUUUCUGGAGUUUGGGAAACUUUAUUUCCUAUUUCUGCACACCACGUUUGUGUGCAGAUCUGAGGUUCUGCUGCUGAGAAGUCUGAGAUACCAUUGCCCCCCAAAAGAAGCCAUCCCUGAAUCAAGGAAAAUGGAGGACAGUGAUAUGUUACCUCAGAUCAUCCACGGCCUACUAUCAACAUCUCAUUCUCUAUUUACAAAAAGUAUCCAAGAUCUUGAAGAAGAGGCCACUACAUCUUAUGACUAUGGUGAUGGUGAGCCUUGUCAUAAACCCAGUGUGAAGCAAAUUGGAGCCUGGAUCCUGCCCCCACUCUACUCUCUUGUAUUCAUUUUUGGUUUUGUGGGCAAUAUGUUGGUCAUUCUCAUUCUGAUAAGUUGCAAAAAGCUGAAGAGCAUGACUGAUAUCUACCUGUUCAACCUUGCCAUCUCUGACCUGCUCUUCCUGCUCACUCUCCCAGUCUGGGCUCACUAUGCUGCAAAUGAGUGGGUCUUUGGGAAUAUAAUGUGUAAAUUAUUCACAGGACUCUAUCACAUUGGUUACUUUGGUGGAAUCUUCUUCAUUAUCCUCCUGACAAUUGAUAGGUACUUGGCUAUUGUUCAUGCUGUGUUUGCUUUAAAGGCCAGGACAGUUACCUUUGGGGUGAUGACAAGUGGAGUCACUUGGGUGGUUGCAGUGUUUGCCUCUCUUCCAGGAAUCAUAUUUACUAAAUUCAAAGAAGAAGAUCAUCAUCACACCUGUGGUCCUUAUUUUCCAUUAAUAUGGAAGAAUUUCCAUACCAUAAUGAGGAAUAUCUUGAGCCUGAUCCUGCCCCUACUUGUCAUGGUCAUCUGCUACUCAGGAAUCCUCCACACUCUGUUUCGAUGCAGGAAUGAGAAGAAAAGGCACAGAGCAGUGAGGCUCAUCUUUGCCAUCAUGAUUGUCUACUUUCUCUUCUGGACUCCUUACAACAUUGUUCUCUUCCUAACAACCUUCCAAGAAUUCUUGGGACUGAGUAAUUGUGUGGUUGCCAAGCACUUAGACCAGGCCAUGCAGGUAACAGAGACUCUUGGAAUGACACACUGCUGUAUUAAUCCUGUUAUAUAUGCCUUUGUUGGGGAGAAAUUCCGAAGGUAUCUCUCCAUAUUCUUCAGAAGGCACAUUGCCAAGCGUCUCUGCAAACAAUGCCCAGUUUUCUAUAGGGAGACCACAGAUCGAGUAAGCUCAACAUUCACCCCUUCCACUGGUGAGCAAGAAGUCUCUGUUGGAUUGUAAAGCAAGUGGAAGUUUGCCCUUUCUUUCUUUUUUUUUUUUUUUUUAAGCAGGGGAGGAGGGAGUAGAUUGUAUAUAGUAACAAGUCUCAAAGAUAAUGAUUCUCACCUUUGGGUCAUAACCCCUUUGGUUCACAGGGGUCAUCUAAGGCCAUAAGAAAACAUAGAUGUUUAUAUUACAGUUCAUAACAGUAGCAAAAUUACAGUUAUGAAGUAGCAACAAAAAUCAUUUUAUGGUUGGAGUACACCCACAACAUGAAAAACUGUAUUAAAGGGUCACAGCAUUAGGAAGGUUGAGAACCACUGGUCAAAGACAUAUUGAAGAACAGAGAGUUUUAAAUUGGGUACCCAGAACCUUAGGAUUAUGUCCAGACUGAAUCAUAUCACUUAUUGUAAAUAUAAUACAUAUUCAGGAAAUAUUCUAGAAUAAUUUUUGCUAGGUUCUUUAGCAUUCUUAAGAACCCAUCUCUGUCCCUCAUUGCCUUGUGAUAAUAUGAUUUUACCAAUCUUCACCACGUCUUUUUUAUUUCUAACAAGAAAGUCAUAGAAUUAACAGGAAGAAGGGUGUCAGAACUGAGUGCGAAGGAGGAAGAGAUAUGCAUUGUUGGUCCCGAAUGAACACAAAAGUGAGCAGGGGCCUUUACAUUAGGAAAGAAAUGUCCUGGUCUUUAAUUCCAUCUCCUACCUGUGUUUAAUUCUGAAGGCUUUAUCAGGUUGUAGAAAGUCUGGGAAAUGAAAUAGCUUGUUGGGAACUUCAUUUGAGUCUCAUGAUCCUUUUAUGUAUAAAUGUAUGACACAUUUUUCCUUUUUUAUUUUUAUCUUUGACAACACGGAAAAUCUUUUCAAUAUUAAACUCCAUUGUUUACAUGUUUCUCAAGCCACUGCUCCUUACAUGAUGUUUAUAAAUUUGUUGUUUAUAAAAUAUGCAUCAUUAGUGAGUAGGCUAAAGACUCUUGUUUGAUCUUCCCAGGGAAAGCAUAAGGCUGGAGGUAGUAAGUGACCAAGAGUGAGGAGAAAAACCAAUUCCUCCAUCAGGCAUAGAGGGCUAUAGCAAAAAGAAAGGGGUACGUGAAACAAUAGCAGGAGUGUGUUUAGAACCACACAGAAUCAGAAGCAAAAUGGAUCCCUCAGCACUGAGAAAAGGUUGCUAUUUGUAUGUAAACUGGUUUUAUAUUAUCGCUGCUAUUUCCUGCCACCCCACUACCUUUGUAUCUGCCUCUUUCCCCAUGGUCUUUAUCUCUUAACCUCCAUACUUGAAAAAUUCAUGGGCCUGGGAAAAGUGUGUGUAAAACAGCCAAACAUUAACCCCUGGAUAGUCCCAUGAGAGAAAAAGCCCUGGGUAUGUUUUUCUGGGCAAAGGAGGGGCUGGAUAGAUCAGGAACAGAAGCCCUUGCUUUGGAAAUAAUAAUUCUACCAUGGGAACAUAGCUUAAUUACUCGGCAGGAUAAGCCUGGAUAAAAAAAAAAAAAAAAAAAGAAUAUAGAUGAAGAGGGAAGACUAUCUUCCAGAGCCUUAUUUUUGGAUACAAACAUAAUUCAAAGAUUUAAAAAUAAAAAAUAGAAAAAAUAUAAGCAAGACUUGAAACUUUAACUUGUAAAUGUGAUGAAAUACCUCUGUAAGAAUUUCUACUUGCCAAGCUUGAAAUUAUCAGAUUAGUUAUAGAGAAAAUUCUAGCUUUGAGCAUAUGAACUAACAUACACAGCUCUGGAUUGACAGGGACUUGGGAUUUGUCUCACCCAACUAUGGUGAUUUAGACUCUAAACCCUCUGGGCUCUAGCUACAUGCUACACAGAUGUCACUCAGGUUUGUUUUCCUCAGUCUCCUUCAUAUCUUUCUUCCUAGUUGUGCUAUUGGUAAUAGAUUAUCAUUUGGGUUAGUGAGAACUCCUAGUCAAGUCAGCUUCUAAUCAAAGCUUUAAAAAUGAAUUUACAAAAGAGAGAAGUUACAGAAGCCCCUUCUUAUACAUAAAAAAAAACCUCCCCUGAAUUGACCCAAGAAUGUUCUUCUCUAUUUAGUAGUGUGGUGCUUAUCAGACAGAAACAAACAAACAGAAAAAAACAAAAACAAAAACAAAAACAAAACAAAACAAAAAAAACCAAAGGAACAGAUAAUCUGGGAGCUAAAAGUCAUUGUGGUUGUGUUGAGAAAAAGUUUCUAGAAGUGGGGGAUUAAUGCCUCACCUUCAGAUAUCCUACUAGAUUUAUUUUAAUGAUGAUAAGAUGUAAAUAUUUUUAAACUUAUGAUUUGAAAAAUAAAUCAAUGCUCUAUCUAUAUUGCUAGAAAUAUUAAAAAGAAACAAGCAUAUGUUUUUUUAUACCAGUGUGGUUGACUAUUUUGUCCACAAACAUACAUGUCUUUCCCUGUACUACUUCACAAUUCCAUGUACCUGGUACUUUAUAAAGAGGAGCGACUUAUAGCUUGCCUCCUAGGCACUCUUCUGCUAGUCUGCUAGAAGACAAACACAAAUGACAUCCAUCUUACAACAGCCAUUCUGUUAAAAGAGCUCAGUAGCCAUGUGAGAUUUCUAGGAGGUAAUCUGGUAUUUUGCAAGGUCUGUACCAUGAUGGAACCCCAGAAUUGCUUCCAACCUGACAACCCUGUCAUUUCUGUACCGCUGCAUCUCUCUAAAAUUUAGCAUGGUGUGAACCAUCACCUUCUGGUUAUUUACCCACACCUACAGAAUCUUAAUGAAGGUAUACUGCUGUUCAGAUGAAUUAAUUCCUGAUUAUGUAAUUCCUGAUUUGAUUCAAACAAUUUUAAAAGUUAAAUUGUUAGAAAGCCUUAAGUGGCUCAGUUGGUAACGCACCAGGCUCCAAGUCUAGAGAUUGGGAAUUCAGUCCUAAAUAAAACUACUUAAAAAAAAAGUUAAAUUGUUUUAGAACAAUUUAUGGCUGCAAUAAAUAUCUUUGUGUACCUCCAUACAGCUCACUAGGAGACAGGCUUGAGACCGAUUUGUGGCUUCAAGGAAGCUUUCAUUCAUGAAUGAAAGCUUCACCAUAAAUAUAGGCAAGUAAGUUUAAAUGUCUGAAGCCAAAAUAUAAUGGGGCCACCAAGAAAUGUCUAAAUUAAGUACAAAUCUUGAUGUCAUUAAAUACAAAGUGUUCUAUUGUAAUUCCUUAUACUUUACCACCUUAUGGCAUAAAAUACUGUCAUUUUAAAUUUACUUUGUUUCUUAGAAUGAAAGACAGAUAAAAUUAUUGUCCUGAACUCACUAUAAACUAAGAGAUAGCUGGAGAAUGUGUAGCCAGGUCAGUCCUAAUUGAAAAGAGAUAUAUUCUUGUAACUUUUUUGACCCUGUAACCUUAGGCCUUGUCAACCUUUGUUACUCUGAACUCACUAUGAACUUAUGAAAUGGGUAUAUAGGUAAGAAAUGUUUAGUUUUAAAACAUAUAACCUGUUGUAUUUUAGAAUUCAUCUAUUUUUGUGAUUAAUUGCCUUUUUGAAUAUGAGGUAAUUUUUUUUCUGACAUAGAAAGCUUUGUCUCAGAGGUAUAAAAACUAUGACCAGACAAUAAACCGGGUUGAAGUUAAA